UAUCCCCCGAUUGCAAGCAUUCCAAUCCAAUUGCAAUUCACUUAAAUAUGAAGGAUUCCAAGAAAAAAGUGCGCAAAACAGCCAAUAAGCACAAGGAAGUCUCGGAUUCUGAGAAAAAGAAAACCAUAGAACUGCUGCACGAAUACAACGAUCUGAAGGAUGCUACGCAACUAGUAUUGGGAGCCUUGGCGACCCUUAAAAGCGUUCCCAUUCGAUCGGUUUAUGCCACCUACAACCUGCCCGUCGACGAAUAAAAAUGCGUUAUUAAUAGUGAAGUCUUAUGUACUUGUUGUAAAUAACUCAGUAUACAGCCAAGUGCAUGUAAAUGCCUCCUGGUUGGGCAGUUCCAUUAGUCUACCACUAAUAAAUCCAUCUAAAACUA